AUGGAAUUUAAAGAUAGCAAUCUGAUCAACCCAAAGGAACCAAAGUUGGUUGAAAACAAAUUUCCAAAUGUAGUUUUUCAAAAAAUUAUUUCAACUCCGAUUGAUAUACCAGUAAUCCAUCCAUUUCAGACAUUUGGUGAUCUAGGAUCAGAUGCUGUUAUACCUACUGAAAAUGAAAUACGUGAUUUCGCAAAAGGUUCUACUCAAUCUUUAGUGCAAAUGAAAAAUGUUUUUGUAACAAACGAAGGAAUCAUGUAUUCAAAUAAUGUAUUUUAUCCUGAUCAAUGCGAUUGCCAUUGGAGAGUAUGUAAAGACUUUAAAGAAAAUAUAUAUCCUAAUUUAAAAGUUUCCGAAAGAAUUCCUAAAGCAGUUGUUAUCAUGCAUGAAUACGGAUGGUUCUAUGCACAUUGGUUAUGUGAUUUUUUACCAAGAUUGCUUCUUCUUCCUUCAGAUGUUUUGAAAGAUGCAAAAUUAAUUGUUACAAAUUACGCUUCAUUCGGAUAUGAAUGCGUAAAAAUAGCGGGAAUCCCUAAAAAGAACCUUCUUGCUCCACCAGCCGAUACAGCUGUUUUUGUAGAAAAUUUAUACACAAUCACUCCAUUAUACUGCUCGCACUUUGUUCCAUUCUUAUUUAUUAACAUGAGAAAAAUAAUUGCGCAGAAAGCUGAGCUUGAUCAGACUCCUCCAACAAAAUAUAUAUUUUAUAACCGCGAAGGAUCAGAAUUUAGAAAGAUUGAUAACUAUAAUGAUGUUUUAAACUAUAUAAAGAGUGUUGUACCUGAAGUUAUGUGGGAAAACUGCCAUAUUCCAAAUUCAAUUAUUGAUCAAGCAAAAUUAUUUAAUUCAUUCAAAGUUUUCUUUGCUAUGCAUGGAGCUGCUUUUGCAAACACUCUUUUCAUGCAGCCAGAUACUUGUGUUGUUGAAAUUCAAGUUGAUCGAUGGGUUGACAAUUAUCUUUGGGUCACAGCAUUUGCCCAAGUUCACCACUUUAUCACUCGUAAUUCAAAAAUUCAAUGGAGAGACUUUGGAUCGAAGAAUUACCUCGAAGCCAACGAUAUGGCAAUUAUAGCUCAGAAAGCUGUAGAUACUGUCAAAAAAGGUAAAUGGAAAUAA